AUGACGAAUUCUUUCGCUACAAGCGCUUAUGGUUUGGGGGAUAGUGCACCUUUGUCUUUCAAACUACUCGCGAUUCGUUUCCUCCGGACUCUUCUUUGGGUCAGCCUUGUCUUCAUUCCAUUUUCUAUCAACAACCAGCGGACACCGUCGGCCAUUGCAGAAGAUACAUUGAACAAACCAUGGCGUCCAAUGCCACAAAAACGUAUCACUCCCUCACAGGCGACCUACUUCAUGUUGUUUUUUUUCGGUGUUGUGCAGACUCACGGCUUGAUUUGCCAUGGUGUUGGCCAUCGGCAAUCAACCCUUCUCCUCGGUCUUGAUAUAUGGUAUAACAAUUUCGGUGGUGCUGAUGACAAUCCCGUGGUUCGUAAUGGAAUCAACGCGCUGGGGUACCUAUGUUUCAUCUCCGGUGCUCUUGAAGUGGCUUUGGGAGAGAAACUUGCUUUCCCCCUCCAUAGUUCUCUGGGAAUAUCAAACUCAGAGUACUAUUUACCGCAAUGGCUCUUUAUUAUUGCCUGUAUUAUCAUCAGUACUGUUCACUUACAGGAUCUCUAUGACCAAAAGGGCGAUGCUAUCCGAGAUCGGCGUACUGUGCCGCUGGUCAUUGGGGACACAGCUGCCAGGUGGAGCAUCGCUAUCCCUAUGGCUAUUUGGGGGAUCAUUUGCCCACAUUUCUGGUAUGUUCGAUAUGAGAUUUUCUCUCUGAGUCUCGGACUGGCGUACACUGUUGCAUUGCGGGUCUUGACUUUACGGAGCGUGGAAAAUGACCGCUUAACCUUUCUACUUUGGAAUUGCUGGAUUGCUACUGUAUAUGUCAUGCCAUUGUUUUCCGAAACUGCUGCCUGGGUACAUACUACUUAG